CCAGGAAAGUACUUUCAUGAAGCCGAGCUUGCAGGAACCCACAUUGGCUUCCACUACGACUGGCGAUUCUUCAGGACCACGAAAUUGUCGGACUACGAGCGCAAGGUGGUGCUACAUCGGCUAGCCAAAGCGUGGCUCCGUUUCUCCAGGUCUGCCAAAUUGAAGACGUGGCUCGCGCACGGCACGUUACUAGGCUGGUACUGGAACGGCAUGAGCUUGCCCUGGGACCAAGAUAUGGACGUGCAAACGACCUAUGAAAGCAUCGAGAAGAUGGCCCGGCUGUACAACCAGUCUUUGGUCGUUGACCUCUGCGACGACCCAGACAUCGCUAGCGUUCAUCUGUAUUUUCUAGAUGUGAGUCCGCACUACAGAACCAGGGUACCCCAAGACGGCAACAACGUGAUAGACGCACGGUUUAUAGACACAGACACGGGUAUUUACGUGGACAUCACGGCCUUGGCCAUCAGCCCCACUUAUCAGCAAGCAGGAGAAACGCAGCGUCAAGCAGCCAGCCGGCUCCAUGCGCUUUUCCAGCCGGAUUACCGCGAUCUCCUCCACCGCCACUUGUAUAAUUGCAAGGACCUGCAUUUCCACCGGCUCGAUGAGCUAGGGCCCCUCCGACCAACGGCCUUCGAGGGCGAAGCCGCAUAUGUUCCUCGGGAGUUCCAGGCCGUUCUCCUCAGAGAGUACCCGAAGGGACUCACAUCACGGGUGUAUGGUGACUGGGUGUUCCGCCCCUUUUUCGGGGUGUGGACGCCCCUUUACAAAUGCCGCAACGACUUGUACGGCAGCGAGUGCCGGGACAAGAACAUGAUUUUGGAGGAGAAGGUCACACGUCUGUAC